CACACAUAUAGAACAAGCCCAACUACAAAAACCCAACCUUUCUUCCUUCUCCUCCCCCCAUUUGGUACCACAAUUCUCUCACAACAUUUUCACUAACUCUUUCCUAAGAAAAUUCAUUUUUUUUCCCUAACAUGGCUAGAUCACAACAGCGAUACCGAGGUGUCCGACAAAGGCAUUGGGGCUCUUGGGUCUCUGAAAUUCGACACCCCAUAUUGAAAACUAGGAUAUGGCUCGGAACGUUUGAAACUGCUGAGGAUGCAGCCCGAGCCUACGAUGAAGCAGCAAGGCUAAUGUGUGGCACAAGGGCAAGAACAAAUUUCCCUUACAACCCAAAUGCAUCUCAGUCAUCAUCCUCGAAGCUUCUAUCAGCAACUUUAACUGCAAAACUGCAUAGGUGCUACAUGGCUUCUUUGCAAAUCACAAGGCCAUCAUCACUACCCGAGCCUCAGAGAGUGGCUUCACCAAAUGCCAUCACCUCUACAAGUAACGAAACUAAAACAAUGUUGCCACAGAAGAGAGCACAGGAGGAGCAAGAAGUGGAGGAGAAUUGGGUUCUGAAGAAGGUUAAGGUGGAAAGGACUCAGCAGUUCAAGCCUCUUGAAGAGGACCACAUCGAACAAAUGAUAGAGGAGUUGCUGCAUUAUGGCACUAUUGAGCUUUGCUCUGUGAUUCCCCACCACAGACUCUUUUAAGCAUUCUGCAGGCUUUUUUUAUCAUUGUUAGUUCACAUUCUUAUUCUGCUAAUUUAACUAAUUCCCUUGAACAAUUUCAGUUUCUGUUCUUACCAUUAUUAUUAUUAUUAUUAUUAUUAUUAUCAAGUGGUUUAGGUUGUAGACUAGACUAGAACAUAUCUUCCAAGUGACUCUUUGGACAAUGCUGUAUGUAUAGCCGGCCAAUCAUGUUGAAAUUGUGUCUUUGUUUUUGUUUCA